GUCGGACUGCCAGGCGUUGGGCACUUCCGCCGGGCUCGGGUUUCCUUUGACUCGGCAUUUAAAUUGAGCUGCAGGACAUCAGCUGCUGCUACAUUCAGCGCCGCGCUGUAACAGAAAAUAACCCUUAGCACUAGCAAGACAAGCUACUCUUAUUUUUGACGCCAAACAGGCAGAAAUAAGUGCUGGUCCUGAGGAGGUCCGGGCUGUUUAGUGGACAGAGGAGCGGGAGCAGCUGAACAAUAACGGUGGUUGUGCUCUGACAGCAGCUCGGUGCAUCAUUUUUGGGAUUCCUCUGCUAGCCUUUGGACGAAACUGAAUAGCGGUAACGUGAUGUUGUGCAUGAGCGGAAUGAUUUAGGAUUUUAAUGGGCAGAGCUUGUUUUCUGAAAUAGAUUGGUAAACAAAAAAGAAACUCUUUGAAUGCAUUGGGUUUUUUUGGCCCAGGAGCACGAGUGGCCUGGACUUGGGAGGACCGAUGGACUCAGUGAUGAGAGUGCAUUUAAAGGGUCAGCUUUAAAUUCUGAUAAAACAUACAAGUAGAUUUUUUGUUGUUGUAGUCACUAACGGAGACAAAAUUAACCGUUAACUAGGGAUAAUAUAACAUCUGACAAAACCUCAGUAUUAUCAAUAACAAUAACAACAGUCACCACCCGUGAAGCACGUCAGACUGGUGUUUCAUAUAUAUAUAUAUAUAUAUAUAUAUAUAUAUAUUAAAUAGAUGCUGAUUUUUCUUGUUCUCCAAAACAGACUUUAAAAACAUUUUCAGUAAAAUAUAACAUCGAAAAAGCAGCAAUAUAGAUUACUUUUUAAGAGCGUAUAUGCCACUUACUAUCAUUUUUGUUUAGAUUUAAAGGUGGAUCUUUAUCUUUUUCUUUAAAUUAGGUUAGAUCUUAGCUCCAUAUUUUAAUUUUGAGCUUGUCAUAUAUGUGAGGAAAUCUUUUUUCCCUAGUAUUGUAUCCCUCAAGGACAUAACACAUUUGUAGACAUUUCAUAUAGACCACACACUUAUCAAACAGCAUCUUUGGCCAGUUAUACCUAUCAGAGGCUUUACUAGUUUAACUACAAGAAACCAUGUUCAGCUGGCUGGGAACCGACGACAGGAGGAAGAAGGAUCCUGAAGUCUUUCAGACGGUCAGUGACGGACUUAAGAAGCUCUACAAAACCAAACUCCUGCCACUGGAAGAGAGCUACAAGUUCCACGAGUUCCACUCUCCGGCUCUGGAGGAUGCAGACUUUGACAACAAGCCCAUGGUCUUACUGGUGGGACAGUACUCCACCGGCAAGACGAGCUUCAUACGCUACCUGUUGGAGCAGGAUUUUCCCGGUAUGCGGAUCGGCCCUGAACCCACCACGGAUUCCUUCAUCGCGGUGAUGCACGGCGACACAGAAGGAGUCAUCCCCGGCAAUGCUUUGGUGGUUGACCCGAAGAAGCCCUUCAGAAAGCUGAACGCAUUUGGAAACGCAUUCCUCAACAGGUUUGUGUGUGCCCAGCUGCCUAACCCAGUGCUGGAAAGCAUCAGUGUGAUUGACACACCAGGGAUUCUGUCAGGGGAGAAACAGAGAAUCAGUCGAGGCUAUGACUUUGCGGCUGUCUUGGAGUGGUUUGCAGAGCGAGUGGACAGGAUCAUUUUACUGUUUGACGCCCACAAACUGGAUAUCUCUGACGAGUUCUCAGAGGUGAUAAAGGCCCUGAAGAACCAUGAAGACAAGAUCAGGGUUGUGCUGAAUAAGGCUGACCAGAUAGAGACGCAGCAGCUGAUGAGAGUCUAUGGUGCCCUGAUGUGGUCACUGGGAAAAAUAGUCAACACACCUGAGGUGAUCCGUGUCUACAUCGGGUCAUUUUGGUCCCAUCCGCUGUUGAUUCCAGACAACAGGAAGCUGUUUGAAGCAGAGGAGCAGGACUUAUUUAAGGACAUUCAGUCUUUACCGAGAAAUGCAGCGCUUAGAAAACUCAACGAUCUGAUCAAGAGGGCAAGACUGGCCAAGGUCCAUGCCUACAUCAUCAGUGCACUGAAGAAAGAGAUGCCCACUGUGUUUGGGAAGGAGAACAAGAAGAAGGAACUGAUCAACAGUCUAGGAGAUAUUUACAAACGCAUAGAACGAGAGCAUCAGAUAUCACCUGGAGAUUUUCCUAAUCUGAAGAAGAUGCAGGACCAACUCCAAGCUCAGGAUCUCAACAAAUUCCAGGCUCUGAAGCCCAAACUCCUGGAGGCGGUGGAUGACAUGCUGGCCCACGACAUCGCUAGCUUAAUGGUCCUGGUCCGCCAAGAAGAAACCCAACGGCCCAACGCGGUGGUGAAGGGCGGUGCGUUUGACGGCACUUUGGACGGCCCGUUCGGCCACGGGUAUGGCGAAGGAGCUGGUGAAGGCAUCGACGAAGCAGAGUGGGUCGUGGCUCGUGACAAACCAGCUUACGACGAGAUUUUCUACACAUUGUCUCCCGUCAACGGGAAGGUGACGGGAGCCAACGCCAAGAAGGAGAUGGUGAAGUCAAAACUGCCCAAUACGGUGCUGGGAAAGAUCUGGAAGCUGGCAGACAUCGAUAAGGACGGGAUGCUUGAUGAUGAGGAGUUUGCGCUAGCUAACCAUCUGAUAAAAGUGAAACUGGAGGGACACGAAUUGCCAUCGGACCUGCCUGCACACCUGGUGCCUCCUUCUAAGAGGAAAAUACCUGAGUAAAUGUAAAAUUACACCAACCCCUGACCCCUUAAACCUGUAAGUAGACCCACACAGAGGAAAGUAUCCCAAUAAGAAUAGGAAUAUUCCUGUAGCAUUAUAGAACAAUGAAAAAUAUUUGAAUGAAAAUAGAGCCCACAUCCAACUCCCAAUCCUGCUCUGUUGCUGCAGUCUUUCCUUCACUUUGAGAUACAAAUAUUACAACAAAUGUUCAGUUACAUUUAAAUUUAAAAAACUGUUAGCAUUUGGAAUCAAAUGCUACAUUUCUGUAGCGCUAAAAUGGCUUUUACCAAGUUGGAAAAACUGGAUCUUUAAAGUCUUUAGCCCAGUGUCUUCUGUAUUUAAGGCUGAGAUACUGGGAUCUGUUAGGUUGGACAGGUGUUAUGAUGUGUUCACACCAAACAAAGCAAAUUUUUCAUGUAGCAUGAUUACAUACAAAGUCAAUGCAAAGAUGGGGAGUAAAUGGGCGAUUUGAGUAAUUUGUGCCAGGCAACUCUAAUACGCAGCAUUUGCGCGACACUGAUUUUGGGAUCCUUCUGCAUAGCAUAACCGUGAUCGACUCAAACUCCAUUCAGAAAACAACCCUUUUAAAAGUGAUUUGCUUGUCAACUUGCAGACAGACCUGAUAAAGCAUGAAUUCAGAUUUUUUAGAAAUGGUCUCAUCAUGAUGUAAUUAUAUCUGCAUACUUUUGAUUCAUUUAUUGCAUUUUGGUCAUCCAGAUGCAGUUCUGGGAUGUGUUAUGUUAUGAUCCCAGACACGACAGCGUUUGGUUUUCCGACUACUGUAACAGAUAAAAAAAUGCAACAAUAGUGGUUUCUUCAACAAUGGUUGAUGCAGCGUGUAAAUACAAAUUACCCCAAUAUGUUCCAGAGUUCAAACUUUUGUGAGUAACAAAAGGAAGAAUUUGCUUGACUUGCUGCAUUUGGUGUGAACACAUCGUUAGAGAUGUUAGGACAGCUGAUAUGGUAAUUAGUAAAGAAAAACAGAUUAAAAAUCUCCAACAAGAAACACUGGAAUACAGCACAAUUUAAGGUGAUCCAAACUACUUCAAGCAAAUGGGAAGUUGUUGUGAAAGUUUGUCGGAAGGAUCAUUCAGGUAGAAGGGUGUAAAAAUGCGAAAUAUUAUUGUAUUAUUAUCUGUAAUCUAUACAGUAAACAUAUGUUUGAUUGCAGUAUUUCAGAUGACCGCCAAAAACAUUUCACAAUUCUUGCAUCUUGAGGUCCUGUGUUAUUUUCGGUCUCCUGGCACGGCUGAGAAUUCUGCCUUUUGUUUAAUAGCGACAUUUUAAACAGCCACAAAGAUUUCCUGUCAAGUCGCUUGAGAAUUCACCCAAACAAAGGUGUAGAAGCACACACACACACACACACACACACACACACAGAACAUUAACACAAUUCUGGUGAUAUGGUUUGUCAGCAAAGGACUACACCCACUCUUCAUUAAAAUCAACAUUUUAAAUGUGAUAUUAUGCAGAUGUUUAUUUGUGUGAAUGACAUCACCAUCAUUUUACUGUAGCAUCUGGAUUUGACUUACUGCAAUGAAGGUGGAAAAUGUUUUUCUAAUGAGAAACAAGCAGGGGAUAAAUAAGAUGACAAGCGUCUCUUUUAUGAUUUUUACAUAGCUCUAAAUGUCAUUAACAUGUUUGGAAAUACUGUGACUAUAAUAUGGAACUAUAUAUAAUGGGUAUUGUUAGGACACGUGAGUGUGCCAACAGUCUCAGUAUAAAUGUAUUUUAAGGACUUUGAAUGUUGAAUGUGCAGACGUUCUCGGUUCUGUGUGGGCACAUCCUGACUAUUGUAUGUAUGCAUAUGACCACAUGUAGUGUUAUUAUUUGUAACGUAUAUAUAUGUAUUAAGUCUUAAGCAUCUCAUAGGCUACUGAGUCGGGGAUAAUUAAGUGGGUUGCUAAUUGAAAAUGGUGAUAACAAAACACUAAUCAACACAUUUUUCAAAUGUUUUUGAAGAAAAAAUUGGCUUUUCAUUUCACGUGUUUAAAUUGUUCAAUGUAAUAAAUGUAAUCUCAUUUCAUGUAGCCAUAUGCCAGUAUGUGUGUAUAUAUACUUCACAUUAGGACCAUGUUUGUGGUUAAGUCUUGGUCAUAAGGUGAAAUGCUAAACUAACUAAAUUUGGGUUCCCACUUGGUAAGAAAUGCUCCAGAAUGGACUUAACUGAAAUAUUUCCGGCCCUUUUGUGCCCCUCCCUCCCUGUGUGUCUCUGUGCUGUUACUGUGAAUCUACUGUACAUAAUAAGACUGUUUGCAUUCCAUGAACACAGAUUAGGAAAUCAUCCACAUCAUCUCGGAUGCUUUAUGCAUCACUUGCUCAUAUUUCACAGACGAGCCAGAUCAGAUCAACAGAGUAAAUCUAAAAAUGGAUGUUUGUUUAAUGUGCAUUCUCUGCAAAACAAAGUGCUUGAAAUUCACAAGUUGUUUUCAGACCCUGACGGAUUGCAACAUAAAGUUCUGUGUACUGGUAAAUACACUAAGUGGAAACACUGGCGUUAUGGUAUUUCCUCUGUUUUUAGAUGCUUUGCUAAAUCUGUACUUCACUGCUUUUCUGUCGACAUACACAGUCCAAAAGUGUAAUAAAAGUUAAUUUACUCAA